UAUUAAUAAAAAAAACACAGAUAAUGUUCUUCCCUCAAAAUUUGAUAAUGGGUCAUUUCGUUCUAGUAAUCUGGUAUUUAAGCUAAACACACAAAAUUGGUUGAUGGUUCUAUAGCACGAACAUUUUCCAUAUAGGUACAUUUGUAAGACUACAGAUGCAGGUGUCUGGCGUAGUAACUUCCGCAUUCCGAAUUGUUUAUCUCGUUAUUAUUAUUUUCAUUAUCACGGCUAUUAUCAUCACAGAUUAAAAACAAUAAUAUGUUAAUAAUUUUAUCAGGAUGCUUAUCUGCAAAUUUUUUGUGACAAUAAUACUCUGAUUUCUGAGUUUCGACUAGAUGAUAAAUUUCGCGCUGUGCUGCUUUGAAUGCUGUCUACUGACAUCGCCAUUCGCCAGUAGAAGUGUUGAUUGAUGAGUGUUGCCGGUGUUGAACUAUGCAUUAUGUAUCAUUGGAAACGUCAUUUGACCGUGCUGCUCUUUAUUAGUAAAAAAUUAUCGCAACUGGUAUAAAUAUUAUGAUAUGUUUUAUAUGCUAGCCGAUUAGGUUCCAAAGUUGUCAACAAAUUCAUUAACUAUUAGAUUUUAUACUGUAUCUGGUUGUUCAAUUUAUAAUAAACCAAUAAAUAUUUUUAUGUAUUGCACAUUCAUUGGAUUUUAAUUACUCAGUAUAUGAUAUGGAGAAAACUCAAGAAACUGAUACAACUACACUGAUUUCUGAUAUAAAUGAUAUUGCUAUACACGAUCCAGAAAAUAGUAAAUCUGUUGCUGAAGAUAAGCCUGUACCGAGUUGUUCAGAACAAGGAAGUUCUUAUGAAAUUUUAUUAGAUCAACUUAAAGAAAACAAUAAACAUAUAUUUGUUUUAAGUACAGCCGGUAAACCUAUAUACACACGGUUUGGAAAUGAAAACCAAAUGGCCUCCCUAUUUGGUUUAAUGAUAGCUUUAGUGUCGGUGACUCAAGAUUCAAACGACACAUUGCAGUCAAUUUGUUGUGGUCAGACUCGAAUAGUGUUUUUGAAUAAAGAUCCUCUUAUAUUGGUCGGUGUUUCCCAAUCUUCUGAGCCUUAUGACCAAAUUAAAAAACAAUUAACAUAUGUGUAUAACAAUAUAAUUAGUACUUUGACAUUAACUCAGUUAAAAAAAAUUUUUCACAAUAGAACUAAUUUUGAUUUACGGCGAUUGAUGAGUGGAUCUGAAAGAUUAAUAGACAAACUUAUAACGUUUACUGAGAAUGAUCCAGGAUUUUUAUUAGAUUCUAUUAGUUGUCUACAAAUGCCAUCUAGUAGCAGAGAUAAAAUAACACAAACAAUAUUGACACAAUGUAGUAAAAUUAAAAAUUUAGUAUUUGGUUUAUUGAUUGCUCAAAAACAUGUUAUAUCUAUUGUACGUAUGAAAAAAUAUUCACUGCAUGUGUUUGAUAUUCACUUGAUAUUAAACUUAAUUAAUUCAACGGAAUCAUUUAAAACAGCAGAGAGUUGGACACCUAUAUGUUUACCUACAUUUGAUUCUAGUGGUUACAUGCACGCUCAUAUAUCAUAUCUAGCAGAAGAUUGUCAAGCAUGUUUAGUUUUAUUAACAAUUGAUCAUAAUCUUUUUUUUACACUUUCUGAUGCCAAAAGAAAAAUCACUGAAAAAAUGCGUUGCAAUGAUUGUCUCCAUGCAAUUAACGAGGCAAUUAUUCGCCAACCCAUUAGCUUAGCACGAGCAAAUAUUACAGGAUUGCGGCAUCUUUUAUACAAAAACAAAAAUCGGUCACAACACUGGUGCCCUCCAUUUACAUCUCCAUAUAAUACCAAUGAAUUACAACAAAAUCUCAUGUCAGUAUAUUCUUCAUUAAUUAGCCAAAUUAAUUUCCCUGGGCGUACAUUAAAAGUGAUUUUUCAACAAUUAACAGCUGAAACUAUGCUUGCUUGGGCAACUGAAGAUGUUGAAUUGUAUAUGUGUUUUGAACCACUAGUUUCUAAAGAAAAUGCAACAAAUGCGGUUACUAAAUUAACACAAUGGAUGAAAAAAGAAGAGGAUUCAUUGUUUAUAUUUAAUAUUCCCAUGUUUUAAUAUCAGCCAUUGCAUGAAAUUGAAUUUGGAAUUUGUGAUAAUAUAAAUAUAUUAAUAGGUACCUAUCUUAAAUUAUUCUUAAAUUUUUUAGGUAUGUAAUUAUAAAUUUUCAACUUUUUAAGUUCCUUUAUAUCAUCUUUCUUUAUUUUAGUUAGAUGUAUACAACCAAAAUAAUAAAGAAA